GGCGUGGAGGGGCCGCUUCCCACUACCAUUGGCGAGUUGCCUUACCUGAAAGGGCUGCACAUUUGGAGAGAGAUGAUCUCAAUCAGCGGUCCCAUCCCGGCCUCCGUCACCAAUCUGUCGCGCCUCGAGGUCCUCGUGCUUGGAAUGACAGGCCUCUCAGGGCCCAUACCUGAAGACAUCGGCAGCCUCCGACGCCUGCGAAUCCUACUGAUUUCGAGAAACAGACAGAUGGAGGGGCCUUUUCCAGCGAGUGUGACGUCUUGCCGCAAUCUGACCCACGUUGACUUCGACCGCAAUGGCCUGGUGGGUUCUCUGCCUGGCGAUCUGGGCUCCCUGUUUCACGUAGAGUUGCUGGAUCUGAGGAAUAAUCGGCUGGAUGGGCAGCUGCCUUGGUCACUGGUGCGGCUAAGUCGGCUGCGAUGGCUUACUCUGGAGAAGAAUGAGUUCAGUGGCCCAUUACCGGAAGACUUUGGCAUCAACAUGGACAGCCUAGAAUAUCUAGAUGUAUCGUUCAACAACGUAAGCAGGACGUUAUCAACAGACCCACGUGUGUUCCAAAGACACCUACUCUGUGUAUGUGUGUGUCCAUCAAUGUGUAUCUCAGUUUUCCGGUCCCCUGCCGGCUUCCCUGGGCAAUGCUGGCAAUCUCACGUACCUGUACGCGGAGAGGUCGGGUUUCAGCGGCGAGCUGCCUCGGUCACUAGUGCGGCUGACGCAACUACGGCAGCUGUUUCUGGAAAACAAUGGGUUCAGUGGCUUGUUGCCGGACGGGCUUGGCACCAAUAUGGACGAUCUGCACCUUCUCAAAUUGUCACGCAAUAACGUAAGACUCACAUAUGUAUGCAAGUUGCCGUUGAGUCUACUCAUAUCUCUCUCCUAUCAGUUCUCCGGUCCACUGCCGCCUUCCUUGGGGAACGCGGGCAAUCUGACGUCUCUGUGGCUGCAGGAUCAGUCACCGGGCUUCAGCGGCCCCUUGCCAGCAGAGCUGGGAAAGCUGGCCAAUUUGCGGGAAGUUUGGCUGGCUAUACAGACAUAUCUACAUAGGCACAUUCUCGUGACAAUGUUUGUCUGUGCAGUUCUCGGGCGCCCUGCCGGAUACUCUGGGGGGCUGGAGGUCGGUUGAGUACCUGGAUUUAAGUGACAAUGACUUCAGCGGCACCCUGGAGCCGCUCAGCAACCUCAUCUCGCUCAGAAUGCUCUGGCUAAACAACAACUCGGGGAGAAGCAAGAGAGGUGGGAGGGGGUGCGAUUCGCCGAAUAGUUAUGUGUGUGUUUCAGUUCAAAGGCCAUCUGCCCGUCGGCUUUCAGAGCUUUGUGAAUCUCACCGAAGUUCAUGCAGAGAACAACCAGUACGGACGCCGUGUACAUGCCUAUAUGCAAACAUGCGAAAUUCUGGCGUGUGUGUCAGGUUGGUGGCUUUAGUGGAUCGCGACCCAAGUGGUCCGGGGUACAGGAGCCUUCGAAGGCUGGACCUCGCCUUAAACCGUCUUAAUGGGUCCAUCGAUCUGUCUGUCUUUCGAAACCUCCGGGUGGCCGACCUUGACGGCAACCUCAUCACGGGCUUCGCCGGCAACGGCUCCGUGCCACAAUCGUAAGGAGGACAGACACCAGUUUGAGAAAGAUGGUGCCUAGGUGUGUGAGUGGGCAUCGAUGUGUGCAUGGAUCAGGUUGCAGAUAUUGAGUUUGAGAGACAACUUGUUUACCGCCCUGCCGGAGGGCUUCCGCUCAAUGCCCAACCUCUGGGGACUCUACCUAGCUAACAACCACAUCAGCCAGUGGCCCAAUUGGGGAGGCACACCGCCCGGGUUCUGCAAUAUUUGGCAUAUCGGUGAGGUGAUGUUCCCCACAUGAUGAAGGAAUCAUUAUGGUAGGAAACGAAUUUCUGUAUAUCUCUGCGCUUCCGUCAAUACGACAAACGAGUGGCAGGGGAUGAACAUUUUAGUGAUUUGCUGCACGGCGAGCCCCCGCCCGACUGGGGGUCCCUGGCUAACCUCGACAUCUCCAACAACCCCAUCAACGUUGACGUGACCGAGUUUUUCAUGCCCCUCAAGUGGCAGACAAGGUAGUCACGCAAUACUGGCGCUCUGACAAUUGCCUGCUUGUCUCUUUGGAACGUGUGAUAGUCUGGUGAAUCUGGACGCAUCGAAUUGCAGUCUGCACGGCCCAUUGAGAUGCGAUGCCUUCUUCGCAUUCGACAGAAACGAUUUGGAGCGAAUCAGCAUGAACUCGUCGCGUUCGGUCUCCCCCUCUCCCCCCCUAAGCACACGCAAGUAUCGCUGUCUGUGUUGUCCUGUGCAGUUUUCGAGCAGUGGUCUGUUCGUGUUGGAUCCAAAGUGGUCCUUUCCCAACCUGGCGUACGUCUCUCUGAGUGAUAACAAAAUCACCGCAAUCGACACAAACAACAGCUGGUGGCUGGAACAGCUCUACCACGCAGACUUCCACAAUAACUCACUCGUGCGCGUAACCAAUGGCGGCGUCAAUGGCGUGCCAAUCGAAGGUCGCUCCUUGUUUACCGCCGACUACGCGAGCUUCACAGGGAACCCGGGCCUGAGAAGUAAGACAAGUGAACAGUUCGUGAGCCUUGUACCUAUAGAGGUGAGCAAGAAAGCUCCGAGCAAUGCUUCGGACGCAUCAUGUAUAUUGGUGGGUGUGCAGCUGUAAUGUGUCUAUGAUCAUCUGUAUCAUUGCGCGUGGAUGUCAGAAGUGCCAGGAUUUGCGGAACUCCAGCGAGAUCGAGUUGAGGUUUCUCGAAAAGCGAGAAAAGCUGUUUCACCAGGGAGAUGAGGGAGAUGCCUUCUAUCGAUUGGGCAUUCAUCGAUUGGGCGAAUCCAGACCACUGGUGCCCGACCCUCAGGGUGAGUUACAUACCAGAUAUCACUUGUGGACUGGGUAUGGUUUGAUGUAGGAUAUGUGGUGCAAAGAGUUGAUGACGGUGACGAGCACUUCGAGUGCACGGAGUUGUGCUCCGAACUCAAUCAGAUUAAGGUCAGCUGCCAUCGAGCAGCACAUGCAUGUAGCACGAGUAUGCACGCAUACUCACUGUGAUUUUUGUGCCAGGUGGACUAUACCUUUGAUUCGGAUGCUCUUUGUCGGUGUCUGCCUGGCUACGAGGGCACCGGCAUCAACUGCACCAAAUGCCCGGCGGGCACAUACUCAAACAGACAAGCUGGCACUCAAAUAUGCAAACGAUGCCCCGAUGAUGCUGGUCAGCAUUUGAGGAUAAGCUGCCACUGGGCGUCACCGUCGGUCUAUGUGCAUGUGUGUGCAGGUUCUGAGGAGGGUUCGGCUGCGUGUUACUGUCGCCUUGGUUACGAGAGGCGCGGCGACGAGCCGUGUGAGCCGUGCACAGCGGGGUCGGUCGGCGUGCGCAAGGGCGGCAGUGGCGGUGGCGGGAGUCGCGGGACGUGGAUCUGCCAGAACUGUUUGUUUGGUGUCGACUGCUCGGUGCCCGUCAACUACAACGCGAGCGUGCUGCCGGGAUUCUUCCAAUUGACCGUUCACCUGUCGGAUGCCUCAUCCGUCAACGUCACACGAGAAGUGGCGACGUAAGCAUGAGAGCCGACAACGACAACGUAGCCGAGAGGCAACAGACAUGAGAGUGAUAUGUGGGUCCUCUGUUCAGGUACAGCGCUGGUUUGACACUGUUGCCCGUCGUGAUGCCGUGUCCACUGCUGUCCGCAUGCAGAGGCACCAACAAGACUAAUGGGCUCAACAUAUGCUCGGUAAGAUUGAGCGUCGCCUUUUCUGAUGUGCGUAUGCCUUUUCUGCGUGUCACGUAGGAGGGGCAUGAGGGUUUUGUGUGCAAUCGGUGCAGAGCGGGCUUCUCGCGGCAGACCCCCCAGCAGCCGUGCGCCCCGUGUGCCCCCCUGUGGCAGAUUGCUGUCGUCAACGUGCUGCUCGCAGUCGCCACUCUGAUGGCCUUUUUCAUCCUCACCGCACUGGCGAAAAGGUUAGCACACAGCCGUGUAUCCACCCCACAAGCCCACCAAUCGACAUUCCUGCUAUCUGUGUUCAGGGGGGCGGCGUCUCCGCGCGCUGAGGUUCCGUCCCAGCUGACCAAAAUAGGGCUCUCCCACAUUACCGCCGUACGCCGCGACAGAUCAGGCACAUGCACUCUUCUUUCAUCAUUCUUCUCUCUUGCCGUGUGUAUGAUUGUGCAGGUGUGUGGUUUGGCCUUUGUCGUGUUCGACGAGUCAAUCUGGGGCGACCAGAUAGCCUCGCUGGUCGGGCCAUUCUUCGCGUGGGACGGCGGGGUGCCGCAGAGCUAUCAGGUGUGGGAGUGCGUGCUGAGGCACGACAAAUGCGUGCUGUAUCGCCACGCCAUGUGGCUGGCACUGCCUCUACUCUGGCUAACCAUUGCGCCCCUCGUUGGUAAGCACAUACGGACGCUGAUCCAUAGUGCCUCUGAUCGGUGAACUGACACGCACGCACAGUCUGAGAGACAAUGAGCUGUGCUCAUCUAUGCUCGUGUCGUGACUGCAGCGAGCGGUAUUGACCGAGCACGUCGUUCGUUUAAGCCGAGACGGCGCAUCGGCAACGACGACUCAAUCUCUCUCGCCACCGACAGCUACCUCCGGUCCCUCUCGGCGCCGCCAUCGGUGACCGAUGGCAAACGAGAGGAGGCCGCCGCCAAGGGCCCUUACCAGCGAUCGGUCACCUUCCAGGAGGACUCGCGGGCCGAGCCAGUGACACCGCCCUCCUGCCAGCACUCUUUUGUGCAGCGCAAUUCCAGCCGAUGGCGGCAGUUGUUCGACGACCGCGGCACGAUGAUGGUCGUAGUCCUGACGCUAAUCCACCCCACAGUCACCAAGAGUAUGCUGGCCCUCCUGCAAUGCCGACCAUAUCCCUUUGUGGACACCGUCAUCCCCAUCGCAGAGGGCGAGAGUGUCAGUCUGCUGUCCACUGACCCGGCGGAUGUCAUGAGGAGGAGAAUGGACCUCGACUCGGACGUCAUCUGUGGCUCUGCCGAACACGUGCCCUUCCUUUGGAUCGCCGUGGCCGGCCUAUCUCUGUGGACGUUAGCCCCUGUGGUAUGCGGCGUGGCGUUUCUGUGGCGGCACAGAGACGGCCUGCAGGACCCCCACACGAGGAGACGCGUGGGCUUCCUCUAUGCCGGCUACCGAAAGCCCUACGUCUUUUGGGAUGCCGUCCUCGCCAUGAGGCGUGUGUUGGUGCUGCUGAUCGCCCAGCAAGCGACGGCGCAGCCCCGCCAGCAGCUGCUGGGCUGGACGGUGGUGGCCGCUGUGUGUGUGGCGCUGCAGCUCACUGUGUGGCCGUUCGACCGCGGCAGCAUGGACAUCCUGAAUCGGACCGAGCUGCGUGGGCUGCUGGUGUGGCUCAUGUCGCUCUUCGUGAUGCAGUUCGUGGUCAUGCUGCCCGAGGGGACCUCUUUGGCACUGACGAUCGCCCUCGUGCUGGCGGUCAUUGCGGCUAACCUGGUGCACUAUGUCAUGCUGACGGGGCAGAUAUGCCGCUAUGGUCUGCUGCAAGUGGGCUACAGAUUCACCGCCCUCACCGACCGCAAGAAGGCCAUCGGUGAGGGCGCGGAAUCAUUGUCUCAUUCUGUCUGCUGACGCCGUCUCUGUGGUUUCAUUCAGCCCGCGUGAUGUCAGGUUGUGUGACGGGCCCGCUGGUGUCGUGGCUCAUCCACCAAGAGGAGGACAGACGGCGGGUCUCACCGAAAGUAUUCUAUGACUGGUCGAGUGCGGCUCUCUCUGCAGCAGACGGUCCACGUGCUGCAUCAGGGGGGUGCCGGCCCUCAAGUGGGCCGGUGUAUCUGGUGGUGGCGGCGAUGCAGCUGAUGUCGGCCGCCGUGCAGGACGCCAUCGAGACUCUCAAACUCACACACGUGCCCGGCGACUUGUAAGCACAUACGCCCACAAGAAUCCACAGCAGACAAGAGGCCUGUUUGUCUGUUUGUAUGUCUGUCUGUCUGUCUGUCCGUCUGUGUGGUGGGUCAGCCAGGAGUUUCUGUGGAGUCACGCCGUUCUCGUUCAGACCCUGCCGCAGAAGAGGGUGGAGACGCGCAGCCGCAGAGGGGGCCAGGUGGUCGUGCACCUGCCGAGGCCCGACGACCGCACAGCCAGAGUAGUAAGACAACGGAGAAAGAAGGGCACCGUGUUGUGGUGGUAACGGGGCGACUUGUGUGUGUGUGCAGGGGUUGCGGCAGAUGGGCACAAGCGACCUCUCCAAUGCACUCCGAAGACAAUGCCCCGACAGAUGUAAGCUUUUCGUCAGUCCACACAGGUGCCGACAGGGUGGUGAUGCGUGCAGCGUCCACCCUAUUGGAGGCCGGAAAGACCUAUGAUGAUGAACCAAGUGGCCCGCUGGGGGCCCCCCACAUCGACACACGUCCCGCAGACAGGUCCGGACGACACAGAGAAUUGCCAUUGAGAACACUCUCUCACGCCGUGUCUUUGUGUGUCAGCAGUGGUCAGGCUGCUGUCGUGUCGGCGGGCAUCACCUUAUAUGACCUGCAGGCCAAUUUGUGCUAUGUGGUGGACGAGCUUGUCACCAGAGAGCAGCUGCACCAGGCGGCCCUUAGGCGGAGGGCCGACGGCGGCGACCUGGACAAGGCCGACACUGAGGGCCACACUGGCGGCUGGCGGGGGCUCUACGAGGCAUUCCGGAAGGCCAAGCGGACGCUCAUCGAGGCGGGCAGCCCGCCGGUUUGUCAGAGAGAGAGAUGUACGCUCGUGUGUCUGUCAGUACUCAUGUGUUGUUGGGCUGGUUGCAGGAGGCCAUUCCGGAGAUUCUCGCGAGCCUGGCGCCCACCGUGGUGGAUACGCCAUGUGGCGAUAAUGCAGAGUGCACGUCGGUGAGUGGGGCGGCGUCGCUCGUCGGCUCGACCCAAUCGCGGCCGAGCGACAGCCCCGCCGCCCUGACGCCCCCCUGCCACAGUCUCACGCGAGUGGAUUGGCAUCGGCUGAGCAGUGACGAUAAAGACAGCCUGGCCGUAUUGGUGUCCUCCGAGGCCGUCUAUGAUGCCCUGACCACCAUCAGGGCCGGCACUGAUGAGGACGACAGCUAGCUGACCAGCCGACGGCAGACGCCUCGUGGGCACCAAGCAGAGAAAGAUGUGCGUGCCUGUCCAAUCUCUCCCUCUUGCCGUCCUUGUGGGUGUGUCCAGCGACAUGGAUGACAUGUGUGUGCGCAUGGGUGUAUCAUACUCAUGGCGUGUGUGUUUGAGUGUGUGUCUUGUGUUUGUCCAUUCUUAUCUUUUGCCUCUUUAUUCCUCGGCGUCGCGUCGAUCGGGUGAGGCAUCUGUAUGCACGAGAUUGUGCUGUGCAUCAUUGUGUGGCCGUAGUCGGCUUGUGUCUUUCAUUCCGUCAUGUAUGCGACAUGGUCAGUCAGCAGACGCUGUACCGCAGCUGUGAACUGCACGUGAGUGGGUGUCUCGUCUCUGCCUGCCAAAGCUGGCCCUGUUCCCUGCUGUGCAGUGAGAACACGUUCUCACGGGAAACAGACUCGAGCUCCUUCUCAUUCAAACAGACUCGAGAAUGGCCAGGAAGUGAAUGAAUGAAUGAAUGAGUCAUUCACUUCUGAGACCUCUUUGCAAUGGUGAAUGGAUGCCUGACUGAUUGAUUGAUUGAUCAAGCUGAACAUAGAUACGAAUCAGCCAUUUGUAGACGGCGCUGAAAUAGCU